UUCCCUUCUCUCCGGUUUUCUCUCCUCCCAGGAUUCGUGCUUUCACCCACAAUUCGUUCGGUCCCCUAUGACACUCCCAAUGCCUGGCCUCGAAACACGCUCGGCUGAGACAACGCUCAUGUGCCUUGGCAAACUACUCGUCAUGAUGAUGACCUAACUAACCCUAUAGUGACUCCAAACUUUGCUCAACAAACUACAGCAGCCUCCGCUGGCAUUCGGCAAUUUGCCAACAUGGCCGGGUACACCAAGCAUGUUUCUAGCAUCAAGGGCGCUCCCCGGCUCAGGCCCUGCGGCCUGAAAACCAAGACAACUCAAGGCAUCGCAUCAAACGACUGGCGAAAGAGAGCAACUGCUGCGUCUUCAACAGAGGCCAGCACCAAGAUCCACAAGCAAGCCUAUGAUCCAAGCGACGAUGUUUGUAUCCGUCUCGACCUCGAAACUGACGAGUCUUUCUCGGGACCGCAGUUCCGGUUCCCAAAAGAGAAGAAGGUUGCCUGGGAAAACACUGUUUCCGCUCCGGUUUGGCAGCUCCUCUCUUCUUCUUCGUCCACGUCGGGGGAUGACGCAAAGGAGGUCAUCAAUGUUCAGUUAAAGCAGGCCAAGCCGAUACUCGCCAGCGUAAAUGGGGAGACCAUCGCGCUGCCCAACCGCUUCUCUUUUGAUGUCGUCGCCGCCAAUCAGGGAAACAUGUCGCCAGGCCCUGCAGUUGGCGAGUUAAGACGCCUCAAUGGCUUCACAGCCUUUCGGCGCAUAUCAUCGCAAGAUCCGGAUGACCUCUUUGUUGAGCUGCAAAAGGUGGUGAAUGGUAGCCGAGAUGUGGGUAAUCCGGCCACUUCAGUUUCUUCGGCUUCUUCACAUCUUCGAGAGUCUGCGGAAGAGCCGAGUGUUCAAGGGAAACAGAGACACCUUGGUCUCGGUGGGUCCGAAUCAUCGGCCUCCGAGAUCCAACCCAGCAAUGCGUCUACGGUGAGAUCGGACGAGGAAGAACUGCGCUUUCAGAGAAUGCUGGACAGGCUGCAAAAUAACCGGCGGCAUCCCUCCCCGAAGCCUGAGGCCGGUGUUGCGGCGGCGCCAUCUCGUCGCAUUUUUGACCCUGCAAUUAUGGCAUUGAAGGUCAAAAAUGAGGCCGAAGUUCUGGACAGAAGCAUACAUCUAGGACAGAGCGAGGAGGCCGCAAACACUUUCUUCGCUCAGCAGCUUGACCAGAUGCGCAAGCUUGAACGCCAAGGUUCCAACGACUCUGGCUACGGGUCGACCGACAGAAGUGACGACACAGACGGCCGCUCAGGGGCGGGGCUGCGUAUCGAGCAACGCCUUAACCCUGCCGCUGCUAAGUUCAAGUCGGCAGCCCAGAGUGACGCGGCACCCUGGAUGCCGCCCAAGAAGAUGUCACGGCCCCCUCUCACAAACAUCUUCCCAGACGCGAUGUUGAGCCACUCUAUAACCCCACACGCAGCGGCAAAGGGGAACACUCCAUCUCGGUCGUCCCAGCCCACUUUAGCCUCAACAGCGACAGCGAUCUCUCACGAGCAUCGUCUUGUCAACAAAAGUGGCAAUGUUGAGGCCCCGCUGUCCAGAUCACAACCGAUCAGUCGUCCUUUCGAGUUCGCCACCCCUGUUCAGGGAGCGAUCCCGAAUGGGUUGCCAGUUGGUGCGUACCCGGGGCAGAUCAUAUCACAUGCUGGAGUGGCAGCCACAAUGUCCGCGGCCACCAUGGCGAGCCCGCAAGUUCUCACCACCACGAACUUGCCAGCAACCAACGCCUUCAACACGUUUCCGCCAACAGCUGGACUCCAGUUGCCGGUGUGCACACAGAGCGCAAUCUCAGGAGUCAACGUAUACCCGCCUCAUGCGGUGUCCUUUAUACCAGUGACACCAGUACCGGUCGCAAUAGGCUCCAACGGUAAGCCAGCCCGCCCGUACUUCCCCGUGACUACGAAGCCCCGCGACCAUGACCCGGUCAAACAGCAGUUGUAUGAGGCAUACCUAGAGUGGCGCAAGGCCAACGAGCCUGGCUACCACAUGAAAUGCAAAAUGCGCCAGGCCAAUCGUGUCAUGCGCCAAUACCAGCAACAACAAGACCCCACGUUGACCAAGGAUCCCGCCAACUGGAAGGCGAUCGCCGAGAGAGCCAAGGCCGCCGUUGGAGCUGCGGCAGCCGCUGCGGCAGAGGAGAAAAAGCGCAGAGAGGAGUUGGUGCGACAGGAGAUGAAGGCAAAGGUGAAGGAUUUGAGCCGGGAUUCGCAUGGCAUGGUUCGCGUUGGGGCGUGAGAAGGAAUGGCAAGGAGUGAAGAGGCACCCUUUAUUAGACUUGGCAUCAAGGCAUAGGACAUACUACGUUCGCAAGGCACCGGAAGAAGGGGGGCGUUAGGGUUUUGAGGUGC